GAGCGAGCGGGAUUCGGGGGCGCUAAAGUCGCAGGGGCAGGGCGGGAAGGAAGAUCCGGAGCGGGGCGCAGGAUCCGGAGCUGGAGCCCCCAGAAUUUUCCCUCCGUGAAGAAGUGAGCGGGUCUGGACAAGUGAGGCCGGCUCCAUGUAUCCGGAAUCGACAACAGGCUCCCCAGCUCGGCUCUCCCUGCGGCAGACGGGCUCCCCCGGGAUGAUCUACAGCACUCGGUAUGGGAGUCCCAAAAGGCAGCUCCAGUUCUACAGGAACCUGGGCAAGUCCGGCUUGCGGGUCUCCUGCCUGGGGCUUGGAACAUGGGUGACCUUCGGAGGACAGAUCACGGAUGAGAUGGCAGAGCAGCUGAUGACCCUGGCCUACGACAAUGGCAUCAACCUCUUCGACACCGCGGAAGUCUACGCAGCUGGCAAGGCUGAAGUGGUCCUAGGAAACAUCAUAAAGAAGAAGGGCUGGAGACGUUCCAGCCUCGUCAUCACCACCAAGAUCUUCUGGGGCGGAAAAGCGGAAACCGAGAGGGGCCUUUCCAGAAAGCACAUCAUAGAAGGUCUGAAAGCUUCUCUGGAGCGGCUGCAGUUGGAGUAUGUGGACGUGGUGUUUGCCAACCGCCCAGACCCCAACACACCCAUGGAAGAGACCGUGCGCGCCAUGACCCACGUGAUCAACCAGGGGAUGGCCAUGUACUGGGGCACAUCGCGCUGGAGCUCCAUGGAGAUCAUGGAGGCCUACUCGGUGGCCCGGCAGUUCAACCUGAUCCCGCCCAUCUGCGAGCAGGCCGAGUACCACAUGUUCCAGCGCGAGAAGGUGGAGGUGCAGCUGCCGGAGCUGUUCCACAAGAUCGGAGUGGGCGCCAUGACCUGGUCCCCUCUGGCCUGCGGCAUUGUUUCUGGAAAGUAUGACAGCGGUGUCCCGCCCUACUCGAGAGCCUCCUUGAAGGGCUACCAGUGGCUGAAGGACAAGAUCCUGAGUGAGGAAGGUCGGCGCCAGCAGGCUAAGUUGAAGGAGCUGCAGGCCGUCGCCGAGCGCCUGGGCUGUACCCUGCCCCAGCUGGCCGUGGCCUGGUGCCUGAGGAACGAGGGGGUGAGCUCCGUGCUCCUGGGAGCUUCUAACGCAGACCAGCUCAUGGAGAACAUUGGAGCGAUCCAGGUCCUUCCAAAACUGUCAUCUUCCAUUAUCCACGAGAUCGAUAGUAUUUUGGGCAAUAAACCCUACAGCAAAAAAGACUACAGGUCCUAAGAUGCCCCCGCCCGCCUGCUCGGACAGUCCGCUCCCCUCCUCGUCUCUGUUCGCUCGCUUAAGCUGUUCUGAAGCCAAGUGACGAGUGUGGUGUGUGUCACAGAGAACACCACACCAAGAUGUCAUCGGGAAAUGAUCUCCAAAGUCGCUGCCAGACACCACCCGCUGCUUUGCUGGAAGACGUCCGUGUCAGAUUUGUGCCGGCGAGAUGGCAUUGCUUAGGAAGGACAUCCAGGCGGUCCCACCCCAGCCUGUUGCCUCUGCUCAUCCUCCAACAAGAAAACAUCAAGUUUUCUCCAAGCCGCAACCCUUCAUCGGAUUCCCACAGUCAAGGCCAGGCUGGGAGCUGGCUGAGUCCUCAGGGCAGGCAGGGCUGGCCU